UCUUGGUGGGUAUUUUAAGCUAGCGACUUCUGUAGCUUUUAUCACUUUGAGGGAGUGUGGCGGACGCAAAUAAUGUGACCAUCCUAGAUUAGGAGCAUCAAAUAUACAAAGGGCAUCAAGAUCUAAGAGGGGCAUGUAGAAAGUCUCUCCUAUUGAGUCCACAUAAGGAACUUUUAGAUUCAAACAUUUGGCUGCUGAUGUAAACAGUUACUUAUAUCCAGCAUGAUAAAAUGGUAAUUGGUAAAGUUGGUAACAAUUGAUAAGUAGUAUCAUAGGCAAAUUAAUUAAAUCAAUUGUUUAGAGGGUGUUCCGAAAGUAAUGCAACUUUGGUAAAAUGCAUAUAUCCAAGGGUAUCAAUUUGCCCCAAAUUCGAAAUAGGGUGAAUAUUGUAGUCCAUACGUUUAUCUAGUAGAAUCCGAAAACCAGAAGUCGAUAUCUCUAUCCGUUCCAAAAUAAGGUCAAAUACCACCGAGCAACUCGCAACCAUCGUCUGCCACUAUAACGAAAAAUUGGUUACGCGCUCCAAGAAAUUGAGCUGUGUUCACUUUAAAAAAGAAAAAAUUUCAAAAGUGACAAUUUGCUGUGUACUACUAAGGUAUGAGCUGCAAAAAACUACUAAUCGCAAAAAAAUAUCUGGUCGGCCCAUUCGUGUGGCAGCCCCGAAAGUAAUAAACUUCGUGAAAACAGAAAUUUGCAAUGUCGGAGCGAAAUUCGCUGAAGUACUUGAAGUUGUCACCGAACACCAUACAUUAUUUUAAAGCUUAGAAGUUGGACAUCAAAUCCUAGAAGGUUAUAUAAGCUUAUAAAUAUAGUGAAGAGUAAAAUAAAAGUAGCAAGCAGGAGGCCAGAAAAAAUCCUUGACCUGAAGUAAUCAAAAUUAAUCAAAAUUGAUCGUCCUGUACAAGACGAUUUACUGCUCAGAUUAUCAGAAUGCUUUUAUUUGCACAUAGUACAACUCUCCCACCUUCAAGAAAACCAUUUAUGCAAAACUGGGAAAUAAAUCUAAGCCAAAGUAUCCCGUUCCGCCUUAAAACGGAUCAAAUGCAAUUAACAUGGGAGGGGUGAACAACGUUCCCAAAUUUGUCAAAUACAAGACCUAUUGAACAAUUUUAGUUUUUAUCCAAGAAAGAAUAUUGUAAUCGAAAAACUUCAGUCAAAAAUUUGAACUUAUUUCACCACAUGUUGUCAAAAAUCCCAAAAAAGGUAACCAGAAACAGUGGCGAAGCACGAAUGGGAAGCACCCGACAAAAGCUUCCCCAAAUUGGGCGGAAGGAGAUGUAUGGACCAUUCGAAACAAAAAGUAAUUAGCUUUAACCUUUGUAUAUUUCUGACCAAAAUUUCGCCUAAACUAAUGCAUUGCUUCAGUUUAUAUGUGCAUUUGACCAAAGUUGCAUUAGUUCCGGAACACCCUCUAAGUGCGCUUGGCUCGUUUACUUUUGCUGUUGUACCUUUAUUUGAAGAUUAGACAACUCCUGCCUUAAAACCCGCAAUAUCUUACUCUACAAGCUCUAUGGUAGGAUUUUAAAAUGUUUCCUAGCUUAAUUAAUCUAAUUAAAUCAAUUUAUAUACGAACGUUUAGUUUCUUGACAAUGAGGCAUUCCAAAAGACUCAAUUACAAAUUCUAUCAUAAAUGGGGAAUAUUGAGACAAAGUGUCAUAUUUGUCCAAUUUGUCCAAUUUGUCCGUCAUAUUUGUCAUAAAUGUCGGACAUAUUGAAAUCGUGACAAAUUGGACGGACAAAUUGACAAAUAUGACAUUUAUGACAAAUAUGACAAAUAUGACAUAUAUUCGCUUGACACGGACAAGCUCCAUCCUUAGCUGUGUGUCGCUCAGACUACGGGCACCCAAUCUACAAAUGUUUUGCUAAGGUACGUUUAAUACUAAUUUUUUAUGAAAGGGUUAGGCUUAACUGUUUGUCCUACUACAGAAUUGCAAUUCCGAUGGGGAAUGCGGAGCGAUGCAUCGCGGCUCGUCCCUGGGAUACAUAUUGUGGUUGGCCGGGGGACGCGAGACCAUGUUGUGAGGGCCUUCCGUGCUUGGCGAAUAAGUGUUCUGCAACUCAUUGUGUUCAAAAUUUACAACCUUGCAACAAUGCAAAUGAAUGUUGCUGGCAGCAAUCUUUCUGUCGCGGAGGAAUCUGUCAGGGCUGCUUGCAGGCAGCGGAACAGUUCCCGAACAAGCAGAACGGUUGCUUCCAAGACUCUGAUUGUUGCGGAGGGGGCGAGUGUAUCCGACGUAAGUACAUAUGUACUUUGCCCCCAGACGGCUGCCUGGGACGGGAGGAGGGUUGUUUCUUUAGUCCGAGGAGUUGCUGUGACGGACUAACCUGCGCGAUACGGGAGGGCGGUGGGCUGAGUGCGUGGUAUAAGUGUGGGAUCCCCGAAGAGUGAUGCCAUCUAAAUCUUGAAGGCACAAUUUGUAGAAUGAUUUGAUUAA